GCAGCGCUACACCAGACCGCACUACCGCAGUCCGGACGAGACGGUGUACGGCCACUACAGCACAUCGCGCGCGUGAGUUGUUCGCUACCGACCGACCGACCGACCGACCGACCGACAGAUAGACAGACAUCGAGAACCGAUCGAAAAUAGACGUUUUUCCGCAUUACAAAAACUGUGGUAUUUUGUUUUUUUUCUCUCGAUCGUUCGUGUCCGUCCCGUUCGUCCCGACUUAACCUCCAUAGAAACCGGUGCGCGUCCCGUCGUCAUAAGUGAUUUUGCUCACCGUUUAUCGCGUUUUUUAUGAGUUGAACUGAUCGGAACACGGGGUUCCCCCGUACCCCCGAACGGCUUUUUCCCACCUCAUCCGUCUAAUCGCAAAUAGGCACACGAGAUAAUAUUAUUACAAUCGCAUAGCAAACGGCCGACGAGGCACCAGGUGCGUUUUUUUGGUUAAAAUUUUUUUUUUGGGAUUUUUCGUUUUUGUCUUGCCCCGACCACAGGUCGGCACAGCACAGCACACCAUCAUCGUCAAUCGUUAGUACGCUCAUCGGCCGCGCUAUGUUGGUCGCCAUGACUGCGAUGCUCGUGUCCGUGGCGGAGUUCUCUAAUAUUCUGUCCGUCUUGGCCGUGCUCAUGUGCUUCUGCGCCAUGUUCCUGCUAAUCAUGAGGAAUAUGACAGUAUUUUGGCUGCACGGCGAAGAACUAAUGUUUGGUGGUAACGCAGUACAUCCUGUUCAACAAAGGAUACCACAGAUGAAAAUGAUGAAAGUCCACAUACCGUUCACAUUUAAAUUACAUGAGACAUCUAAUUCUUCGUACUCAGAUCUUCGAUGCACGAUCUCAAGCCAAGUACCAUAUACAUUGCAAGCAUUUUGGGGCGUUUCUAUUCGGGAACUUCAUCAUUUCCUAUGGAAGGCAUGGAGCUCAUUUCAGACAGCUGUCAAGGAUGAUUCAUUACUCCGUGGACAUUACCAACAUUGUGGAUUAACUUUGCACGAAACAAGCCAUACCGAAAAAACCAUUCAGAUGUUUAUGCCAGAAGGAAAAUUGGAUUUGGGAACACCCCCUCGACAUUGUUACCCUUUGGUUAUAUUCCUUAUACGUGAUAUUCCCGAAAAUUCCACUUUACAUCCAGACGAGACGGUGGCAUUGGUGAAUGUAGUACAUAUCCGGGAUAACGUGUGCACGUUGCCUACGAACAUUUUGGCGCAAUACCUGAAACAAGCGAACGGACAAUUGUCAUCAUUAAAGCAACUUUAUUUGGCCACCGGCAACGCUCUCAGUUACCAAGACGAUGCCUGCAGCGACGACUCGACACAGAGGGCUGUCGUUCUGGACAACAGCGGCGGCAGCUUGAACACCGGCCAGGAACAAUUGUGCGUCGUGUGCCAAUACUACCCGCUGUCCAGAGCCCUGUUGCCGUGCCGCCACACGUGCAUAUGCGCAUCGUGCUUCGGCAAGCUGGAGACGUGCCCGAUGUGCCGCAGUCCGAUCAAGAGCUACUUCUGCGUGCGCAACGAAGAUUAUUUGGCCGAUUGCGCGUUGGGCCUAGAGAAAACGGGAGCGUCGGCCAAGCGACAGGCGUUUUCACAGUGGAUUCAAAAUAGUAUUACGGAAUUUCUCGGCCUACAUUAGGUCUCCACCCGCCCACCCACACCCCCAACACCCCC